CAGAAUUCAGUAUUAGCUAGCGUGGGCUAGUGUGUUGGUUUAAUGAGUUUGGUGGCUGGCAGGUGUUUGUGUUCGUAGAAUUUACAGAAAGUGUUUAAUAUUAGGCAGCAGUGUGACCGCAAAUAGCAGUUUCAGUAUAAUCGCGUCAACGUGGUUACAAUGCGCUCCUCGUGUAAUUAAGGUGAGAGACCACAAAAGACAUAUUCAGUUUUGUCGGGAGAAGCUUGCAGAACAGAGCUAGAAAUAACUGUGAGGGACGCAGGAAGGUGUAAAGAAGAAAUGAGUUUCGAAGCUUCGUAAAGUGACAUAUAACAAAUAUCAGGAGAGACAGAGAAAUCGCAUUCUUGGAAUGCAAAGAGAAAUAUCGCCAAAUGGACUUUGUAUAUUUAUUUCUUGUUGUGGCAUACCUGUUUCUCAAGCUUUGUGACUUCCGACUUCUUGAGGAGGUUACUUGCAACCCAAUUUCCUACAUAAGCCAAAACCAUGAUGUGUGAUGCAGUAGUGCAGUCUCUUGUAAUGAGAGUACCACGAAUUAUACUGCAGAGAUGUGAUACAAUUCCAUCUCUGAAGGAGACCUUGAAUAUUGAUAUAAUCAAAAGAGAAGAUGAUGUGGAUGUUUUUGGUGAAGAAGAUUCCACUCGCAUGAUACCUGAUGAUUUUAACGCACCAUCCACAGUAAAGAAUGAACCCAAGAACUGCAUCGGUUUACAGGAAGUUGUAUCGGAUUCGUAUGGUGAAACGUGUCUAAGUUCUCCCCAUGAUGGGAGUCGGCUCAUCAAAGUAAAAGUUGAAGAUGUGACAGAUAUAAAAGUGGAAGAGGAUCCUGUGCAAAUAACGUUUCCAACAGUAAAGGCUGAGUGUGAGAGUCCUUUGAAUGAACAUCAACUUAUGCAUGGUGAUGAUCAUCCAUAUUACUUUGAUAUCUGCAAUAAAGCACCCGGUCAGAAUACUGUAAAGAUCAAUGAAAGCAUACAUGCAGGAGAGCGCCCAUAUUCCUGUGAUGUAUGUAACAAAGCAUUCAAUCAGAUGAGUAUUCUGAAGAUACAUCAACGCAUACAUAGUGGACAGCGUCCAUAUGAGUGUGAUGUGUGUAAUAAAUCAUUCAGUAGAAAGGAUGACCUCAAGAUACAUCAACACAUACAUAGUGGUGAGCGCCCAUAUUCCUGUGAUGUGUGUAACAAAUCAUUCAGUCACAGGAGUAGUCUGAAGACACAUCAACGCAUACAUAGUGGUGAGCGCCCAUAUUCCUGUGAUGUGUGUAACAAAUCAUUCAGUCACAGGAGUAGUCUGAAGACACAUCAACGCAUACAUAGUGGUGAGCGCCCAUAUUCCUGUGAUGUGUGUAAUACAUCAUUCAUUAGAAAGGAUGACCUCAAGAUACAUCAACGCAUACAUAGUGGUGAACGCCCAUAUUCCUGUGAUGUGUGUAACAAAUCAUUCAGUCACAGGAGUAGUCUGAAGACACAUCAACACAUACAUAGUGGUGAGCGCCCAUAUUCCUGUGAUGUGUGUAAUAAAUCAUUCAUUAGAAAGAAAGACCUCAAGAUACAUCAACACAUACAUAGUGGUGAACGCCCAUAUUCCUGUGAUGUGUGUAACAAAUCAUUCAGUCACAGGAGUAGUCUGAAGACACAUCAACGCAUACAUAGUGGUGAGCGCCCAUAUUCCUGUGAUGUGUGUAAUACAUCAUUCAUUAGAAAGGAUGACCUCAAGAUACAUCAACGCAUACAUAGUGGUGAGCGCCCAUAUUCCUGUGAUGUGUGUAAUAAAUCAUUCAUUAGAAAGAAAGACCUCAAGAUACAUCAACACAUACAUAGUGGUGAGCACGGUGAGCCCCAGUGACUGCACGUGCAACUGUGUUCAA